AUGCCCCUGCGUGCAGGCCUUUUCUACUGUGCUGGCCUGGCUGGGAAGAUGAACUGGCUUCUUGUGAGGCACGUUCCAGCUGCCAGUCGAUGCGUGGUCUUCUUUCCCGGGGACAUCAGCGACUUUGCCAACAAACAUGCGCCCUACAGCUACUCCCUGGAGGGUUUGCUGUGGGUGCUCUGCAGCAAAUAUCCAGAGGAGACGGUCAUCUUGGUCAAGCCACGCAUGAUGCUGGACCACUUCGCGAUCUAUGCGAAUUUCAUGAUGGUUGAUGGCAUGGGAAACCCAAGGCAUCUCACCGAUCAGAGAACUGAGGCCGACGCCUGUGCACCUGAAGACUACGAUCUUCCCGCAGCUGGUCAUCUUUCUGGGCUGCUGAAAUCAUUGGGCAAAGAGCUUGGCGAGGAAGUACCAGCGCAUUUGGUCCUCGUUGGCUUUAGCAAAGGUGCUGCGGUACUCAAUGCUCUCAUGCGGGAUGUGCAGGAUGAGCUCUGGUCGACAGUUCGUACAGUGCAUCUUGUCGAUGCGGGGCUCGCCAUCUCGGGGGUUUUCCCGCUACGAGGGGAGGAACUUCAGAAGGUGAGCAAAGCAGCACCUCCUGAAUUCGAGAUUUGGCUCCACUGCACGCCGCGUCAAAUACAGGACGAAUCGCGUCCGUUUGUCGCGCACGAGCACGAUGCCUUCGAAGCCAAAUGCAAGGCACUUGGCGUUGCCAUCCAGAGGAGGCUUGCUGUUUCUUUCUGCUCAUUCCCAAGACCUCCACCGGAGAGCAUUGUCAACACUGGUCCACACACGCUCCAGAUCGGCCUUGGUUCGAAAGGACAGCAUUACUUUCGUGAAGCGGACUUAGUUUUGCUCUGA